AGGGAGGUGUGCCUGGUCGUCAUCCCCCUCAGCCCUGGCCUCCAUAGCCUCCCAGGCCCACAGCACCGCCAAGGGCCAUGCUCCUGUUAUCUGUUUUGCUGCUUGUUUCUCAAGCCAUGGGAGCAGAUGUCGGAUGCGGUGAGAGACCCAUUUUCGAGGGAAGAACUCGGUAUUCCAGAAUCACAGGGGGGAUGGAGGCUGAGGUGGGUGAGUUUCCAUGGCAGGUGAGUAUUCAGGCGAGAAAUGAACAUUUCUGUGGCGGCACCAUCCUCAACAAGUGGUGGAUUCUCACUGCUGCUCACUGCUUGUACUCUGAGGAGCUAUCUCCAAGAGAUCUGAGCAUUGUGAUGGGGACCAAUGACUUAACCAGUUCAUCCAUGGAAAUAAAGGAUGUCACCAGCAUAAUUUUUCACAAGACCUUUAAAAGAGUCAACAUGGACAACGACAUUGCCUUGCUGCUGGUGGGGUCUCCAAUCACAUUCAGUGACCUGAUACUGCCCAUCUGCCUACCCACACAGCCCAUCCCUUCCAAGUGGCAUGAAUGCUGGAUUGCAGGAUGGGGAAAGACCUAUGCUGGUGACAAAGACUCCAUGAAAACUGAUCUGAUGAAAGCACCAAUGGUUAUAACAGAUUGGAAGGAAUGUUCAAUGUUGUUUCCAAAACUUACCAAAAAUAUGAUGUGUGCUGGAUAUAAGAAUGAGAGCUAUGAUGCCUGUCAGGGUGACAGUGGGGGACCUCUAAUCUGCACCCCAGAACCUGGCAAGAAGUGGUACCAGGUAGGCAUUAUCAGCUGGGGAAAGAGCUGUGGACAGAGGAACAUUCCAGGAAUCUACACCUUGGUAGAGAACUAUGACCACUGGAUCAAGGAUGUGACCCACCUGGAGGGAAGGCCCUUUGAUGCCAAGGAAAUGCAGACCCCUUCUGGACAGAAACCCAGGCACUCCUGGGCCUCAGAAUUCCCAGGGCCAGGCAACCCCAGGCACUGGUUCCUGCUCUGCCUCUUGUCUUAUGUGUUGUUCAGAGUUAUUUUUUACUAA